AUGAAGUUCCGGAUAGCCACAGCAUGGCACACCCUUGCCGUUCUGCUUCUGCUGGGUGGAACAGCGCAGGCGUCUUUGGGCGACAGAUUGCCUGAUUUCAAGGACUGUGUACAGGUCUGUAAAGAAGCCAACUGCGGCCCAGAUGGCACGUCGAUACCCUUCCACCGCCGCCUCCUUCUCUGGGACUGUCCUUCGGAAUGCGAUUACACAUGCCAACACAUUGUAACUGCCCAACGCCUCGCUCGCGACCCUCCAUACAUGCAGCCCGUCUACCAAUUCCACGGCAAAUGGCCUUUCUACCGCUUCAUGGGCAUGCAAGAGCCAUUCAGCGUCAUCUUCUCCCUUUUCAACUACCUUGCGCAUGAUUGGGGCAUGUCGCAGCUCCGCGACAAGAUUCCCGCCUCGUACCCGCUGCGGAAAUACUACCUGUGGUUUGGAUACGUGGGUCUAGCGAGCUGGACGUUCAGCAUGAUCUUCCACACCAGGGACUUUGGGGUUACGGAGAAGCUGGAUUACUUCGCGGCUGGCGCGAAUGUCCUAUAUGGGCUGUAUUACGCGCCCAUUAGGGUAUUCAGACUGGACAGAAAGGAGCCAAGGAAACAGAGCUUGCUGAGGCUCUGGACGGGGCUUUGUAUCACGUUGUAUACGCUUCAUGUCCUGUACCUCUCGCUCUGGUCUUGGGACUAUACGUACAACAUGGCUGCCAAUGUUGCCGUUGGCGUCGUAGCCAACUUGCUCUGGAGUGGCUUCAGUUACGUCCAGUACCAGAAGAUUGGGAGGACAUGGGCUGUCUGGCCUGGUCUGUGUGUUGCCUGGAUCAUCUUGGCUAUGAGUCUGGAGUUGUUGGAUUUUCCGCCUUGGAAGGGUAUGAUUGAUGCACAUAGCCUGUGGCAUCUGGGCACAGUUCUGCCGACUGUUUUGUGGUACAACUUCCUCGUCAGAGACGCUCAGGAAGAUAUUGCAGGAAAACUGCCCAUUGCUGGUAAUGGUGCUGGUGCUGGUGCUUGGAAGGACAAGAACUAG